UUGGGGCGAGCCCCCGCCACACAACCAAUCAGAAGCGAGGAAUCGGAUCCGUGCCCUCGAGUGCAUUGCGAUGCGUGUCAUGUGACAGACCUCUGUGAGAAAUGCCAACAUGGAACCGUGGCAAGGACGAUGUUCUUCCCAACAAUAACAUUGAAAGGGACAUCUGGAUUCAUCCUAUGUCGCACAUCCACAAUCCGGACAUUUCAAUCCAUAUUUACACAAGUGUUUACAAAUCGUGGCAAUACCUUUGGCCUUCCUCUGAUCUGCACACCAACAAAUGGUCUCCAUAAGUGACAAAGCGGUGGCCGCUUCUAAUGAAUCGUUAGCGGACCAUGCCUUGGCCACCUUGCUCUUCGUGGAAGUGGGCAGCAGCGAGAGCAGCGAGAGGGGCAGCUCCAUCUCAUGCUCCAGUCCCGAAACCGGAGAUGCUGGAGCUCAACUCAGCUACAGCCCAGGGGAGGAAGAUCAGGACGAUGGGCCGCUGCAGAUCUUUUUAGACUCCACUGAGGAGAUGUUGACUCAGCCGCCCAAGCUGCCUGAUUUUAUACCCCAGCUCUCCAGCACCUUCUCUCCAACCCUGGAGGACAUUGAGGAGUUCUUGAUGGAGAAAAUGGAGCUUUUGAGUGAUGCUCCUCCGAGUCCAGAGGAAAAGUCAAAGGAGGUUGAGCCUCCCAUACAGCCGUCUUCCCCUGUUGACGUAGAGCCGAAAUCCAGCCCGACGACAACGCCUCCUGCCGCUAAGAGUGUUAACACCACAGCUAGUGCUGCGCCGGUGCUCAUUGGUGCUCCAUUUGUGCUUCAAUUACAACCUCUCCAGCUAAGCCACGCCCUCUCACAGCCAGACACCCAAUCGGGUGUGGCCAACGGGCUUCGGGUGGCCCACCUGGUGCUCGGUGUCCAAGGGGCACAGAACAUUACCCUCCUUUCAUCACAGGUGCCCUCAGCAACUUUCCUCCCCAUCGUGGGCGAGGCCAUCAACCAAGACCAAAAGUAUGUGAAGAUCGCUCCCCUGCCUAUUGCCAUCAGGGCGGUCGGAAUAGCGGGCACAGGCCUGGUCAAAGCCAUCACAUCACGUCCAUCCAGGUCCUCCACGGAAACCUUGCGGGUACAUAAAUGCUCUCACCCAGGGUGUGAGAAGAUGUACACCAAGAGCAGCCACCUGAAGGCUCAUUUCCGCAGACACACGGGAGAGAAACCCUACCUGUGCAGCUGGCCAGACUGUGGGUGGAGGUUCUCUCGCUCUGAUGAGCUGUCCCGCCAUCGGCGGUCUCAUUCGGGAGUCAAGCCUUAUGAGUGCACAAUGUGCGACAAAAAGUUUGCCAGGAGCGACCACCUGUCCAAACACACUAAGGUGCACCGGGGUCCUCGUGCCGGCAGACUGGUCAGGGCAAACGUCUGAUCCCCGGAUAAACCUGGAGUGUGAUUCCUGGAGUCUGAGAGGGGAAGCUAUGAUACCUAUACAGGCUCACAGCCUGUAACCCUCCGCCUUCAUUUUUGUCUCCGUAUCCUCCCUCACUUUUUUAUCGUUUAUCCAGAUGUUUGUUUAUCUUGGUGCUACAGUCAGCUAACUUGAAACUCAGGGAUGUGAUUGUUACGCUCAAAGCAGAUUUCUGGCUUUUUGGUGGGCUGAAGUAAAGCUCACAGUCGAUUUCAUCACGUUUCGUCCUUCGCUGGUGUCAAGCUACAGGUUGAACUGCAACAGAUUUCGAGAUCUGUAUUUAUUGCCUUUAAACCGAGACUGCAGGAAGUCUGCCGAUCUAAAGGGCAAUACAGAGUAUAAUUUGAAGAAAUGUAUUUCUUGUACAGUUUGUGAAUAUUGUGUUCAAGAUCUAACCAGGUGAAAAUAUAAAAGGAAUUCAGUAUUUUGAUCAGCGAAGCCAGAUGGAAGCAGAAUUUCCCUUAAAUUAAGACGAUAUGCACUAUGAUUUAGGCUGUGAUUAUCAAGCAUGGCCUCUGUCAGGGUGAAUCUCAAGAAAAAUGUUAUGGAAAUGCAAUAUUUAGUCCCAAAAAUAUUAAGUAAAAAAAUAAUGUUUUACUUUUAUGUUGCAUAAAGAAUAGUUUUUAUGACAGUUGAGUAUAUUUAAAACUCAAAAAUGUCAGUAACCAUAUAAAACAUGCAAAAAGCAGCUCAUUUUCAUCAUUGUAAUGCAAAAACAUCUCAUGAUCCUAUUGUAAAAAAUUAUUAAAAACCAUAUUGCUCAACA